CCCCCAAACACCAACGCGAAGUUGCUCUAAGGAGAGGACACACAGACAGACGCGGGGAUUUGGCGCCUGCAUUUCGGGUUUAAACACCCCCACCCCCACGACGACCGCAAUGUUUCCACUAUCAAGCGGAAUAGCACGAGACUGUUCAACUUUCCGUUGACGUUGUACGUUGCUCGCGAGCGUUUUACGCAUUUGCAGCAGGAGAAAAAGAGAAGUAAAAGGCAGGAGGAGGACUUAAAAAAAGGACAACACACACGGAGAAGAAGGAAGGCUACUCCGGGUAUUCCUCCUCUUCAGCCUCCAGGAUGUCGGAGCGAGGAGGAGGAGGGCUCCCGCGGACUGGGGGCGUCCCCUCGCCGCACAUGCAGCCCUCCAAGCCGGUCAGCAUCACCACCUCCAACCGGCCGGUCCACAUGAACCUGUACGCCACCUGGGAGGUGGACCGCUCCUCACCCAGCUGUGUGCCGAGGCUGUUCAACCUGACCCUGAAGAAGCUGAUCAUGCUGAAGGAGCUGGACAAAGACCUCACCUCCGUGGUCAUCGCCGUCAAACUGCAGGGCUCCAAGCGGAUCCUGCGCUCCAACGAGAUCCUGCUGUCCUCAGCGGGACUGACAGAGACCGACCUGCAGCUCACCUUCUCCCUGCAGUACCCGCACUUCCUGAAGCGGGACGCCAACAAGCUUCAGAUCAUGCUGCAGCGACGGAAGCGGUACAAGAACCGGACCAUCCUGGGCUACAAGACCUUGGCCCUGGGCCUCAUCAACAUGGCCGAGGUGAUGCAGCACCCCAGCGAGGGGGCCCAGGUCCUGGGGCUCCACAGCCAGCUGAAGGACGCCUCGGUGCCCGUCGCCGAGAUCCGAGUCUACUCCCUGUCCAGCCAGCCCAUCGACCACGAGGGGCCCAAAGCAAAGAUGUCUGAUCGCUCUCCGGACAUCGACAACUACUCCGAAGAGGAAGAAGAGAGCUACUCGUCGGAACAGGAAGGCAGCGACGACCCCAUUCACGGACAGUAUCUAUAUGACGAAGAAGACGAGGUGAGGAAGAAGAAACCAAGGCGCAAGCUCCCUUCCAAUGCCGCCAUCACCAGGCAACCCAACAUCAAGCAGAAGUUUGUGGCCUUGCUGAAAAGGUUUAAAGUCACCGAUGAGGUCGGUUUUGGCCUGGAGCACGUGUCCAGGGAGCAGAUCCAGGAGGUGGAGGAGGACCUGGACGAGCUCUACGACAGUCUGGAGAUGUACAACCCCAGCGACAGCGGGCCGGAGAUGGAGGAGACCGACAGCAUCCUCAGCACACCCAAACCUAAGCUGAGGCCGUUCUUUGAAGGAAUGUCUCAGUCCAGCUCCCAGACGGAGAUCGGCAGCCUGAACAGCAAAGGCAGUUUGGGUCGAGACACUUUCAGCCCGCAGGGGGAGCAGCCUCCUCUGGAGAAGAUGAAACAGUCCCGCAGCCGCAACCUGGAGGAGGCCCUGUCUGAGACCGACACACUGGAGCUAACAGAUCAGGAGCUGUUUGCUGAGGUGGGCCCCUGCAUCACGGUGUCCGUGGCAGAGAAACCCCGUACACCCAUGAAGAGCAGCAAAAGUGAAAUCCAGGCCAUGCCUUCGCCGAGGUUGGACGGAGGCCACACACCCAGACAGAAGCGCAUCAGCACCCCCAUGAAGGAGCGACAGCUGUCCAAACCUUUGAGCGAGCGCACCAACAGCUCAGACUCGGAGAGAUCCCCGGAGCUGGGCCACAGCACGCCGCUCCUGAGGAAGGUCGUGUACGACCAGCUGAACCAGAUUUUAUUGUCGGACUCUGCGCUGCCUGAGAGCCUCAUCUUGGUCAACGUCAGCGACUGGCAGGGGCAGUACGUCGCAGAGCAGCUGCAGGUGCAGAGACACCCGGUGGUCUGCACGUGUUCGUCGGCUGAAAUCCAGGCGGUGCUGUCGGCUGUGCUCACCCGCAUCCAGAAGUUCUGUAACUGUAACUCGUCCAUGCCCAGAGCGGUGAAGGUGGCGGCGGUGGGCAGCCAGAGUUACCUCGGAGCCAUCCUGCAGUUCUUUGUCACUCAGCUCGCCAACAAAACGUCCGACUGGCUCAACCACAUGCGCUUCCUGGUUGUGCCUCUGGGCUCCCACCCGGUGGCCAAGCACCUCGGCGCCCUCGAUAACCGCUACAGCUCCUCCUUCCUGGACGGGGCGUGGAGAGACGUGUUCAGCCGCUCCGAGCCGCCGCAGACAGAUCAGUUGGAUGUCGCGGCAAGAAUCUCCCAGUACAUCAGCGGAGCCACGGUCACGCACCAGCUGCCCAUCGCCGAGGCCAUGCUCACCUGCAAACACAGGACGCGAGAUGAAGACUCCUACCAGAAGUUCAUUCCGUUCAUAGGGGUGGUGAAGGUUGGUCUUAUCGAGUCGGGUCCUUCUCCAACAGGAGACAACGAAGAGGGCGUAGCGGUGAGCUUGGCUGUCCCCUCCACGUCUCCCCCCUCCCACGGCUCCCCCACGGGGAUGAUUAAAGAGGCAGCCACGCCUCCCUCCUCCCCCUCCCUGGGCAGCGUCCUGACGGUACAAGGGAGUCCCAGCAUGUCUCACGGCGUGGACGCCAUAGGCCUGCAGGUCGACUACUGGCUGGCCUCUCUGGCUGAGAAGCGGCGGGAGGGCGAGCGGCGCGACACGGGCGGCAAGAACACGCUGAAGAGCGCCUUCCGCUCGCUGCAGGUCAGCCGGCUACCAGGAGAGGGCAGCAGCGAGCCACAGGCCCAGGUCAGCACCAUGGCCAUGACCGUGGUCACCAAGGAGAAGAACAAGAAGGUUCCCACCAUCUUCCUGGGGAAGAAGCCAAAGGACAAGGAUGUAGACUCCAAGAGCCAGGUCAUUGAGGGCAUCAGCCGACUCAUCUGCUCUGCCAAGCAGCAACAGACCAUCCUGAAAGUGUCCAUCGACGGCGUGGAGUGGAACGAGGUGAAGUUCUUCCAGCUGGCCGCCCAGUGGCCCACUCACGUCAAGUACCUGCCUGUCGGACUCUACGGCUACAGCAAGCCGCCCUCCUAGGGGUGAGCGCCAGCCGACUCCUCUGACCCCCGACUGGACCAUCGACUCUCCCGAUCCCGUUAAGACCUCCGCCUCACAGCACCUGCAGAUGUGAGGGAAGACGUCGGGGGGGCUGGACUUUCUUCCUUUCUUUAGUUUCAUGCAGGCUACAGUCGUCUUGUUUCUCUUUGGAGAGGAGGAGGAGGAGGAGGGUGGUGUUGUUACUAGUCACUUUAAUGCCCCUUUUAGUGUGUGUUUAUGUGUGUGUGACGAGUGUGCAUGCACACGUGAAUGUACAGUGUGUGUGUGUGUGUGUGUGUGUGUGUGUGUGUGUGUGUGUGUUUACAAGGGGCCCACAGCACAAGUUUAUUAGCUAACUGCCAUUUACGUUUCCGUUCUAAGGAAUGCAAUAGCAUGCAACGACUCACCGAUUUUCAAGCUCUUAAAGUCUGACCCUCGACCCCUCCGAGGUCCCGCCCACCUCGAGACCUGAUUCCCCCCCCCCGCGCGCAUACGCUCCGGACUUACAGAUCCACCACUCAUGUGCCAGACAACGGUAACUCAAAAUACAAAAAAGUAACACACACAGGGCUUCAUGUUUGCAUGAGCCGGUGGAAACAGAGAAAAGUCACAAUACGCAGUCAAAUAAAAGCAUGUGAUGAUUUUCUGCUCCACACAUCAACAACACAGGCCCGUUGUUUUAGUUUUUAUUUCAAGGGCUUCCAUAUGAUUUAAAAUAUUUUCUCUGUACCAAAACCAGUCAUUUGGAUGUCUAAUGCCAAAUGAUUCUUUUCAACAAAAAAAAGAAAGAAAAUAUAUUAAAAGGAAGUGUCUGUUUUUUAAAUUGUGCUCUUGUGAAGAGCCUUCCCGUUAACGCUGUUGUGUGACGCAUAGUGUUCAUUUCUGUGAAGAGUUCCAGGAUUGCAGUGCGGGGCCGACUGUGACGUGCAGUGUUGUGUAUCUUCUUAUUUGCUAUGCCUUACGAAGACACAUCUGGGUGUUUGCAGAGAGUCCAGCUGGUAAUAAUAUGAAUAACCCAAGCAAAUAUGCAACCACAAGCUUAAACCACGAUAUGCAUAUUUAGUCCAAAACUUGGCAGCGUUGAUGGGAAUAUGGUGGAUAGACUUUGCUGUAUCUGCACCGCAAAGAUGGGAUUCAAACACCUGCAAUAAAGCACAAUGUUGUGAGCCAGUCCCCCCCUAAUAACCCGUUCUUUAUUGGCUACAGACCGGCAUCUUUCUCUGCAUUGAAAACAGCCGACCUGGUCAAAAAAAGAAUUGUUUUUUUUAAGCAUUUUCAUUAAGAAAAUGAAGUGUUUGGGUUGACGUCAGUCAUUUUGGCACAAGUCCUCUCCAUGCUUUCUCUAGGGUGUCGUGAGGUGACUAGUGAGUGUACAGUAACUGGUAACAACUGUGUGUGUGUGUGUGUGUGUGUGUGUGUGUGUGUG